UAGAGUGAUCAUUGGAAUCAAUUAUACCACAAUGACGAUUUUCACUCUCAUACUUGCUAUUGCCAACCUACUUUUGUUCCUCUCAAAAGCUUCCUCAAUUGACACACUCACUCUGUCACAAUCUCUCCCUGAUGGUACCACCUUAGUUUCCAAAGAUGAAACUUUUGAACUGGGUUUCUUUUCCCUAAGAAACUCCACAAACCGUUACCUCGGAAUCUGGUUCAAAAACAUCCCAGUAAAAACAGUUGUGUGGGUGGCUAACCGUGACUACCCUCUCAAAGACAAUUCCACCAAGUUGAUCAUAACCAACGACGGAAACCUCGUCCUUCUCACAAAGAAUAACAAAGUUCAGUGGUCAACAAACACAACAACAAAGGCCUCAAGGCCCAUUUUGCAACUCUUAAACACGGGAAAUUUAGUACUUCGCAACGAUAAUGAAGACAACAAGAACAAUAAUAAAAGCAGCAACAACAACAACGAAGAUAGGUUCUUAUGGCAAAGCUUUGACUACCCUAGUGACACCUUGUUACCAGGAAUGAAGCUUGGAUGGUACAGAAAAACCGGUCUCAAUCGACGUGUAAUCGCUUGGAAGAACUGGGAUGAUCCUUCUCCUGGGAACUUCUCUUGGGGCAUCACAUUUGACAGCAACCCUGAAAUGGUUCUUUGGAAAGGAUCAUUCAAGUACCAUAGGAGUGGACCUUGGAAUGGUAUUCGGUUUAGUGGUGCAUUUGGUGGCUCAAAUAGGUUAAGCACUCACCCUCUUUUUGUUUACAAAUUAAUAAACAACGAUGAUGAAGUUUAUUACUCAUACAGCCUCACCAACAAGUCCGUGAUUUCAAUAGUUGUCAUGAACCAAACCCUUCUCCGUCGCCAACGCAACAUUUGGAUCCCCGAAAAUGGAACAUGGAGGUUGUUCCAAACCGCACCGAGAGACAUUUGUGACACUUAUAAUCCGUGUGGCUCUUACGCGAAUUGUAUGGUUGAUUCAUCGCCGGUGUGUCAGUGUUUAGAAGGAUUCAAACCGAAAUCUUUGGAUACAAUGGAACAAGGGUGUGUGAGAAGUGAACCGUGGAGCUGCAAGGUGGAAGGGAGAGAUGGAUUUAGAAAAUUUGUUGGGUUGAAGUUUCCGGAUACUACACAUUCUUGGAUUAAUAAAAGUAUGACACUCGAGGAAUGCAAGGUUAAAUGUUGGGAAAAUUGUUCGUGCACAGCUUAUGCAAACUUGGACAUAAGAGGAGCAGGAAGUGGGUGUUCCAUUUGGUUUGGUGAUCUUAUUGAUUUGAAAGUUGUUUCACAAAGUGGACAAUAUCUUUAUAUUCGAAUGGCAGAUUCACAGACAGAUGCUAAAGAUGCCCAUAAGAAGAAGGAACUGUUGUUGAUAGGUACGAUCGUGCCUCCUAUUGUUCUCGUGAUACUAUUGGCAAUCUUCUACUCUUACAAGAGAAAACGGAAGUAUGAAGAAGAAAACGUGUCGGUAGUAAAGAAAGAUGAAGCUGGUGGACAAGAACAUAGCAUGGAACUACCAUUGUUUGAUCUUGCUACAUUAGUUAAUGCCACCAACAACUUCUCAACUGACAACAAACUAGGCCAAGGUGGGUUCGGGCCUGUAUACAAGGGUGUAUUAGCAGGAGGACAAGAAAUUGCUGUCAAAAGGUUAUCGAGGAGUUCUGGACAAGGAUUAACAGAAUUUAAGAAUGAAGUUAUAUUGUGUGCAAAACUUCAGCACCGAAAUCUUGUUAAAGUUCUUGGUUGUUGCAUUGAAGAAGAGGAGAAAAUGCUUCUUUAUGAAUACAUGCCCAACAAAAGCCUAGAUUCCUUUCUUUUUGAUUCAACUAAAAGCAAGAUUUUGGAUUGGUCUAAGCGCUUCCACAUCUUAUGUGCGACUGCUCGUGGACUUCUUUAUCUUCAUCAAGAUUCUAGAUUAAGGAUAAUACACCGAGAUUUAAAAGCAAGUAAUAUUUUAUUAGAUAACAACUUGAACCCGAAAAUUUCAGAUUUUGGCCUGGCAAGAAUGUGUGGGGGUGAUCAAAUUGAAGGAAACACAAACAGGGUCGUUGGAACAUAUGGCUAUAUGGCACCUGAAUAUGUUAUUCAUGGAUUAUUCUCCACAAAAUCUGAUGUAUUUAGUUUUGGUAUAUUGUUGCUGGAAAUCAUAAGUGGAAAGAAAAACAGAGAGAUUACCUAUCCAUACCAUAGUCAUAAUCUUAUUGGGCAUGCAUGGAAGUUGUGGAAAGAAGGCAUACCAGGGGAAUUGAUUGAUAAUUGUUUGCAGGACUCGUGUAUCAUAUCAGAAGCCUUACGAUGCAUUCACAUUGGUCUUUUAUGCCUACAACGUCAACCUAAUGAUCGGCCAAACAUGGCAUCUGUAGUUGUUAUGCUGAGUAGUGAUAAUGAAUUAACCCAACCAAAGGAACCUGGUUUCUUAAUAGAUAGGGUUUUAAUUGAAGAAGAAUCACAAUUUAGAAGCCAAACUUCUUCUUCAACCAAUGGAGUAACCAUUUCAAUCCUGGAUGCAAGAUAAGGAAAUUAUUUUAUUUCUUACACACAUCAAAUGGACAUAUUUUAUAUUACCCAUGCAUUAUUUUAGAAUUGUCAGGUAUCACAUUUUGGUCGCCUGAUUGACCAUUUUGGGUCACUUUUGGAAAAAUGUUCUGUGCAUUGUUUAUGUUAAUCAUCCCAAAGAGUCUUCGCAUUAUCGAUAUAAAUGGUGUUUCGUGAAAUUGAAGGUGUGAGGGUUCUGGUAGAUCGGAUCAUCAUCAUGAGGCAUCAAAAUGCUGCCAUUGACAAACUUGAGCUUCUUUUUCGAUAACAAAGCUCGUUUCAUGGUGCGGCUCCAUGUGUGAUAAUUCAGAUUAUUGAGUGGAGGUGUAACAAGAAGCAGACCUGGAUUUUGUCCAGGAUACAGAUUAUAGGGCGAUGAAGGAUUUUGUGGAUUGCUAUCGUGUAUUUAGUAGUGGAGUUCUCCUUGCUUCAACAAUGUAGACUGUCCUGAAAGGGAAGAACUGGGAGCAUGAAAAAUCAUUUAACAUUGAUCUGGCACAAAAAUUAAUUAUUCCAUUUGAUGAUAGAAAGGGUUACACUUCAUAUA